AUGAGUCUCCCAACAAUUCCCCUCCUGAUAAACAACACCUCCGAACCCCCCACAAAGACCUUCGAAGUAAUAAGCCCCUACACAAACGAACCCUGCUGGACCGCCGCCGCAGCAACACCAGACGAUGCGAUCCGCGCGGUCGAAGCCGCCAACACUGCCUUCCCAACCUGGUCGCAAACAAAGCCCACCGUGAGACGCGACAUCCUCCUCAAAACCGCCGAUAUCCUCGAAUCCCGCCUGGAGAUAUGCGCAGAAUACAUGCGUACCGAGAUGGGCGCCGACGUAGGCGCUUCACAGAUGUUCAUCGUGCCAUUAGCUAUCCGCAUGCUGCGCGAAGUCGCUAGUCGCAUUACUAGUAUUUGCGGUUGUGUUCCUGUUGUUGAGACGGAGGGGCAGAGUGCUAUUGUUUAUAAGGAGGCUAUGGGUGUGAUUCUUGGGAUUGUGCCGUGGAACGCCCCCUACGUCUUCGGUAUUCGCUCCGCAGCAUGCGCCCUCGCAGCGGGCAACACGACUAUCCUCAAAUCCUCUGAACUAACCCCGCGCUGCUACUGGGCUAUCGGUCAGGCAUUUGUAGACGCCGGUCUACCAGCUGGCUGUCUGAAUGUCAUUCAUUGUGCGCCGCAGGAUGCACCCGCGGUUGUCAAUUCCAUGAUUGAGCACGAGGCAGUGCGCAAGAUCAAUUUCACGGGUAGUACAGCCGUAGGCCGGAAGGUUGCGCGCGCUUGCGGACAGAAUCUGAAGCCUUGUCUUAUGGAACUGGGCGGCAAGAACAGUUCGAUUGUAUGUGCGGAUGCAAACUUGGAGGUUGCUGUGCAGGGUGUUUUGGCGGGUGCGUUCUUGAAUAAGACCCCUUUGCUGACUGGUCAGUCCGGCCAAAUUUGCAUGGCAACAGAUCGAAUCCUGGUCCACACCUCCAUCCUCCAAGCCUUCACAGAAUCCCUCCAAAAGUCCCUAGCAGCAGGCGCCGCAGCCUCCUCACAACCGCCCACCCUCGUAAACACAGCCUCUAAAUCCCGCGUCGAGGCACUAAUCGCCAGUGCCGUUGCCGCAGGCGCUCACUUCAUCUCCGGCUCGGAUACACCCAUCCCCACCACCUCCGACUCCGGUGUGCGCAUGGCACCCGCUGUACUCGGUGGUGUCAAGGAAGACAUGGCGCUGUGGCAGGAAGAAUCAUUUGCUUCUGUUGCUGCGUGCAUGCCUUUCGAUAGUGAAGAUGAGGCGAUUCGGUUGGCGAAUGGGAGUGGGUAUGGAUUGUCGGCGUCUGUUUUUACGGAGGAUUUGAGAAGAGGGUUGGCUAUGGCCAAGAGGAUUCAAUCUGGGGCUGUUCAUAUUAAUAGUAUGACUAUCCAUGAUGAGCCGGCUCUUCCUCAUGGUGGUGUGAAGAAUAGUGGUUGGGGGAGAUUCAAUACUGAUGAGGGUUUGAAUGAGUUUUUGGUUACUAAAAGCGUGACCUGGAUGGAUUAA